GCUUUGACAGUAGUGCAACAACCGUUGCGAGAGUAGCGUCGUGCGCGCUCGUCAGUGUUCACGAGGCCCACGAGAAACCGCGGUGCGAUCGCCGCGUCCCGUCGCGAGAGGAUUGUGUGACUCGUUUGAAAACUUGCCGCACUCGCUUCGAUCGGCGCUUCUCUCUCUGGACGAUUCAAUCGGAAGCGCGUGAGAAACCGAAGAGACACUUCUAAUUUGCCCCUCAGAAGGGGGGAUCUCGAUCGACGAAGGCGGCCACGAUCGAACGGACAGAUCGAUUCUCGCCGGUCGAUCGAUCGAUGCGACUGGCGCGCUCCGCUCCAAGGGAGGGCGACGAUUUUCAAUCCGCGUGCAGAUGUUUGAAUAAACAUUAGGGGGGAGAUAGAGUCGCUCGUGGCAGGCGUACAAGGAGACCAUUAUUACGAUAUUCCACGGGCGCACGUCUGCACGCACACACACAAGAAGAGCGCGUGUGUGGUUGCGCGCGAGCGCGAUAAACGUUAUCUACUGGCGCGACGCUAAAUCCUUUCGCGGGCCGCGAGAGGAGAGGACCGGUGCUUUUCAGGAAGUGUCGCGGCGGUGCGGGUUCCCGUCCUGUUGCCCCUGUGUCGCGGGUACUACCGGAAGUGCAUAUUAGCCAGCUAAGGAGAACGAUGCGGACGGUGUUGGUUGGCUCUUCGUGAAACACUCUCUCUCUCUCUCUCUCUCUCUAGCUGUCUCACGUUCCGUCAUACGUUUAAUAAAUUCAGUAGUUAAGCGAUGCCACGGCUCGUCUUACUGCGUCAGAAGAUGCCUUUCACGCUGUAAACUGAUCCUCGUCGAAAGGAGCUGUACACUUACGAUGGGCAAGCUUUUGAGUCUUUUGGCUCGGGACGAGUCUACCUGUUGCACGCCUCAAAAGUACGACGUCUUCUUAGAUUUCGAGAAUGCGCAGCCAUCGGAUAUCGAACGCGAGACGUUCGAGGCGGUACAGAGAGUACUGAAGAAUUCCGAGUCGAUUCUAGAGGAGAUACAGUGCUACAAGGGGGCCGGCAAGGAGAUCCGCGAGGCGAUCUCGGCGCCUACGGAGGAAUGUCAACGGAAAGCCUAUCUGACCGUGGCGCCUUUGGUCGCGAAGCUCAAACGAUUCUACGAGUUCUCACUGGAACUAGAAAGGGUCGUGCCGAAAAUUCUGGGGCAACUGUGCUCGGGGAACCUCUCGCCAACGCAACAUCUGGAGACCCAGCAGGCGCUGGUCAAGCAAUUGGCGGAGAUAUUGGAAUUCGUGCUCAAGUUCGACGAGCACAAGAUGAAAACGCCGGCGAUACAAAACGACUUCAGUUAUUAUCGGAGAACGCUGACGAGAGCCUCGCUGGCGCGGCAGGAUAACGCCGAGAAGGACCUGAUCGUCGGCAACGAGCUCGCCAACCGAAUGUCCUUGUUCUACGCCCACGCGACACCCAUGCUGCGGGUUCUGAGUCACGCGACCAUUACCUUCUUGAUGGAUAACGAGGAUAUCGCGAGGGAGAACAUAACGGAAACGCUCGGUACGAUGGCUAAAGUGUGUCUUCGAAUGUUGGAAAAUCCGAAUCUGUUGGCGCAAUUCCAACGAGAGGAGACCCAGCUCUUUGUUUUAAGGGUUAUGGUGGGUCUGGUGAUCCUCUACGAUCACGUACAUCCCCAAGGUGCCUUCGUAAAGGGUUCGAAUGUGGAUGUUAAAGGCUGUGUGAAGCUAUUGAAGGACCAACCGCCUUGCAAGAGCGAGGGCCUCCUCAACGCCCUGCGUUACACCACGAAACACUUGAACGAGGAGAACACGCCGAAGAACAUAAAGAACCUGCUGGCCGCAUGAUUGCCGAAGCAGCGCGGCUGCUGCAUCAGAAGCUGAGGGAUAGUCGGCCGCACCAGUUCGCGGACACUUCUCGAACGAUAUCGUCGUUCUCGCACGAUCGUCUCUACGGCUCCGCGCGGAGGAGGCUCGAGAUCCCCCCGUGGUCGCGUAAAACGUGACCCCCGCGCGUCCGGGUUGGUGAAACACAGCGCGAUACAUCAACGGAAGCACCGUCGUCGAAUGCUGCCCGAUAACUGCCGAGAAAAGCGAAGUCUCCGAAACAGCGAUCGUCGCUAGCAACGCGUAUAAUGACAGAAUAAUUAUAAUAAUAACGAUAAUAAUAAUAAUGACGAUAAUCGUUAGUGUGACGAUCGAGUACAGCCAAGCAUCCGGUCGUUGCGAGCCCCUCUUAUUUUCCUACGAUCGUCUGAGAGUGCGUUAAUCCUUGUCAUUAUCACCGGCGACGCUUAGGUCCGGUUUUUCAUUUUCUGCUUAACUUGUGGUUCAGGCUUAACCUGACGAUAACAAAAAUGUUUCUCUAUUCAUAGUUGAUCGUUAAAUUUUACCACUACGAGCUACCACUACGAAACCAACAGUUUAAUGAUUAACUAUGAAUAGGAAAAACAAUGUUUGCAUCAUCAUCAGUUUAAGCUUAAACCAUAAGUUGGCCGAAAAAUGAAAAACUGAGUCUUAGAGACGCAAAUCAACGCAAGUGUCGUCCUUCCUCCGUUAUUCAUCGAAUAUGGAACAAUGACGGAAUGACGCUCGCGUCGAUCUGCGUCACUGAACGGAUGCUGUCACACGCGAAUCACGUCGUUCUCGACCAACGAGAGAGACACAGUCGCGACGGAUCUCACGCAUCUUCGAUUUUCUUUAUCAGCGUCGAUCGUUUUCACGAAACGCUCGUCGUCGACGUUUCAAGCCGAACAGCAAGUCGCGCGAGACUCACCGGUUCGUAGAGUUUGCAUUUUUCUUGGCAAAGCAGGCGAACGAAAGUAAUCGUGAGACGUUUUUCGGUCAGAUAUUCACGGUGCACAGCAAUGUUUCCCCUCCCCUCACCCUUCCCACGCAGACGCAGCGUUUCAGCAACCUCGGUCUUUUGAUUGAGCCAUGAUUUCCAUCCGGACAGGACGAGAAGUUAAUUACGGCAUAUCAUAUAUAGUGUAUUUAGGGUAAUUUGAAGUGUGAACUUUUGGGGAUGUUACGGAGAAGAUAAAAAGGAGAGAAAGAGAGAGAGAGAGAGAGAGAAAGCUUUAAUGACGUUAUGGAUAUUAUGGAGAUCUUUAGCUCUUGUUUACUUUGUUGAAUAGCGAGCGAGAGAUGGAUUAUGAAACAGGUCGUGAGAGACAGUGGCGGCGAAGUGUGUGGCGAGUCGCGGAAUCGAAUAUACUGCCGGAUCGUCGGGUAUGGUCGAUAAUUUAAUUUCAUCACAUCGCGGUAUUAUCGCAUAUAUCUCGAAAGCAUUCGGGUAUAAUUGCAAUCGGGAGACUGUCGAGUAUUAUUGCACCAGAUUUGGGUUAUUAAUCUGAAAGGAAUUAUUUAGUAGAUCCUCCUUUUCCCCGUCGACGAACGAAAGAACCAAAGACGUUUCCUUUUUAGUGUAUAGCAGAAUCGCGAAGGCACUUUGAGUGUGAUUUAUUAAUGUCAGUCGCGAGUGAGGAACAUGAGUCACCCGUUCCAGCACGUUUUCGCUCGCGACUGACGUCGAAAUUUCGAGAACCCGUUUCCUUUACGGUUCUUUCUCUAUUAUUAUUAUUAUUGUACGCAUCAUUAUUAUUAGUAUUCUCAUAAAUUGCCCUACCAAUGAAAGUUUUACUCGUAGUGACCAACAAACACUCGCACAAACGCCGCGAUAUACGUCAGCGGUGCACCACGUCAUUGUUUACACGUUAACGCGGAAACUCACGUGCGUACAAACGCGGUGAUCUCUCACCGCGCGAUAAUUUGUUGUACAUUGCCCUCUUUAGCGAUUAUCUCGCACGUAAGCGACUUUUGAGCGGAUCUUCACGUUGCGUUAAGACUUCUUACUGCGAAUUUGUAUUGCUUGUGUAACAAAAGUGGGCCUUUCAAUAAUAUUUAUUGUAACACAUUAAA